AGAAAACACAGCAGUCUCCAUCGAACUCUGGAAGGAACAAGAUGGCGUUCGAGAAGACCUCCUUGUGUCUACUCCUCAUUCCUUGCCUCACGUUGACUCAGAUCAUACGCGAAGAGGCGACACCGGAUCACAACAUCUAUUACGAAAGCGAAGAGAACACCGAAGAACCGCAUUUCGUUCUCAGCCACAGAUCCAAUGAAGAGGUAACUCCAGACAAUCAGAUAUAUUAUGAAGAAGAACAGGCUAACACCGAACCACAUUUUAUUCUCGACCGCAAUAUGGAUGACCGUGCUAAUACACCUAAAGAAGGUUUCAUUAUUCUGCCGAGGCCCUUCGAGGAGACCAAUCCCGACCGAGUCGAGGCCGGCGAGCUGUUCGACAAGGACAUGCUGCUGACGGAGGCGCAGUGGAGGGACCUCGCCUUGAGGAAGGGCCUGGCCUCUCAGAACUACCGUUGGCCAGAAAAGGACGGCUUCCCAUACGUGCCUUACCGUUUCAUUGACAGUGAGGUGGACCAGGAGGCAGUCAUGGCUGGCAUUGCGCAUUGGGAGCAGCGAACUUGCAUCAGGUUCGGCCUGACCACCAACUUCAACCAACCACACCUCAAGUUCCAGAAAGGUUCCGGAUGCUGGUCAUAUGUUGGGUAUAUCUCUGCGUCUACCACUGGCCAAGACAUCUCCAUCGGUUUCGGGUGCACAUCUCUCGGUAUAGUCGCCCACGAAAUCGGCCACGCCAUCGGCUUCUACCACGAACAGUCCCGCCCGGAUCGCGACGACAGCAUCCACAUCAAUGAGGAAAACAUCGUGGACGGAAGAGAAAACAACUUUGCCAAGAUAUCCGACAGUUUUGUGGACAGUCAAGGAAUUCCAUACGAUUACUCAAGUGACAUGCAUUACAGCGGAUUUGACUUCUCGAAGAACGGCCGCCUGACCAUCGCCACGGUGGACCCCCGCAACCAGGAGCUGAUCGGACGUCGCGACGGCCUGUCGCACCGGGACACGCACCUCGCCAACCUCAUGUACGGAUGUAUCGACAAGUGGAAGCAGGCGUGUGGCAUGGACAGCGACCCCUGCCAGAAUGGCGGGUACACGGGUGUAGACUGCUCUUGCGUGUGUCCGCAAGGAACAUCCGGGUCUUCCUGCGAAACACUUGAAGAGGAUUAUUUUGCCUCGCAACGCAGUGACUGCAGUGCGCGCAUCACAAGCCCUGGCACGGUCACCUCGCCCAACUACCCGAGUAACUACCCUUAUGGAGUGGUAUGUGCCAAGUGGGUUGUGGCACCUGAGUGCAAGUUGCCCAGAGUCACCUUCACUGCCUUCAGGCUCUCCGACUGUUGGGACAACCUGGAGAUUCGAACCAGCAACCGCUACGAUGGCGACUUCUACUGCGGGACCAGCAUCGCCCCGGGUACCUCGUUCACCUCCACCACCAACGAGCUCAUCCUGAUGUUUUACACAAGGACCAAUUACGAGACGGGUUGGUCUGCGGACGUCACUUUCAUCGACGACCCCAACUGCAGCCCUGCUACCACUCAAGCACCAACCACUCAGCCACCAACCACACAACCACCAACCACUCAGCCACCAACCACACAACCACCAACCACUCAGCCACCAACCACACAACCACCAACCACUCAGCCACCAACCACACAACCACCAACCACUCAACCAACAACUACAUCUCAACCCCCGCCAAGCUGUUCAUUGCUCUCAGCCAGUGUAGGAGUCACUUGGCUUUCUCCAUAUUUUGGCAAUGACAACUACCCCAACAACUUCAAGUGUGGAAUCAGAGGAAGCACCUCCUCACCCUAUAUGGCCACCUUCAAGAUGAACUCCUUCCAGCUGCAGAAGAAGAAGCGUAGGCAGUGCCUUGACUACGUUGGGAUUCAGAUUCCUUACAAUAGGACCGUGAAGCUCUGCGGCAAAAGGAGAGGGGCCGUCCUUGUCCCGGUCCUGAAUCUAAGGGCCAACUUCGUCACCGAUAACGCUAUAACGGACGCCGGUUUCAACUUCAGCAUCACAUGGGAAAAAACUGGAUGUCACCAAGUCAUCGAACUUUCGGACGACUCCGCGACGGGCGUCAUCCAGAGUCCGAGAUUCCCGAAGAAAUAUCCCAAGAAUUCCGUCUGCGAGUGGUGGAUUGUGGCACCCGAGGGUAAAAGAAUUCAACUGGAAUUCACACAAAUCAGCAUUCGGGACAAGAAGUGCCUUAAUGCUUACAUCGCAGUGGACAGGUCGGGCAAGGCCUCCUACCUGAGGGACGACAGCUCGCUUCUCUGCGCUGCCCACAAGUCGGCGGACGUUCUCUCCGACGGCAACACUGUGAACGUCGCUUUCGCCGGCGGACGGAGGCGGUCUCGGGGCUUCUCCGCUCGCUACACGGUCGUGUGACGCGUGUCGGCUUGGAAGGAGGGACGCGGUGCUGAGGG